AUGGAGCACGCCGGCGUAUCGGUUGAGGCUGGCCCUCAAGACCAGCCUGAGCACGGAUUCCAGGUUGACAUUGAGUCAAACGUCGACUUCAAUACCUUCGACACGGAAGGACUAGACUUUGGGUAUGAUGGAUCACACGAAGCCGAGCUCGAAAUUUCAGGUGAAACAUUUGAAGCCGGCGACCUCGAGUUCGGCAAUGAAGUUGAUGGCGACAAUGGAGAGCACUUAAACCUCGAUCUUGGGACUUUGGACCAUAUACCCGAUGCCGCCAACGAUGAGCAAGGCCACGGAGGAAUAGAUGAUCAAGAGGAGAUCAAGAAUGCGGAUCUAGAGGAUGUGGCGGAUCACGAUGAAAUCGGGUACGAAGAUGACGAGCUCCGGGUUGACAAUGUCGACGCGGGGCUAGGAACCUCCGAAAACCCUGAACCAGAGGCUGCCUUGACAGACACACUCGCCGGGAAUCUAGACGCACCCGCCCUACUAGUGUAUGAAGGCGAGGCGGAAGAACCCUUGGCUGGUGAGGAUGUGCCGCUGGAUCAGGAUAUUAAUUUUGGGGAGCAUGAAGAUGAGGACCGUGAACAACAUGACCAGGACUACAACAAGGAGGAAGCCGUUGAUUUUGAAGAUGCAGCCGUCUCAACUGCUGUUGACGAUAGCGACGGAGCUUCUCACGAGCAUGCCACGCCCAGCCAACACGGAAUGGACCUUGACAAAGAGCUCGAUGAUCUUGCAGAAUCCGUCUCAGAGUUCCCCGAUGUGGAAGUUCUCUACAAUCAGACCUCCUACUCCUUGUUUGGAAGCUCGGGCGAUGACCCGCAAUCCUAUUUCCUCUCGGACGCCAGCGAGCUUGACCGCCCCCUCUCGCAGUUCCUCUCUGCGUUACGCACGGUCAUCUCGGAAGAGAUGGCACCCGCAGAUGAGCUGAUCGUUCGUUUUGAUCCUCUCGACUUUGAGUUUGGGGAGCGAUCGAAUGAGAAGUUCUUGAGACGCACGUUCCGCGAGAUCCUCGGGUGCCACUCAACGCUGGGCCAAGUCCCUGGGGUGUCCUCAGAGCCUGUCAUUCACUUGAUAGUCCGGCGCGACAGUGAAGAGCAUUUCCUAGAGAUACUCGAGGAAGCUGAGCAGGUCAGGGCGUCUCCCGCCAGUGGUUCGGACGAUUCCGAGAUGUCGGACCGUGAAGAGGAGGAGUUUCAUAUUGAUACUGUCGAUGGUGAUCAAGUGCAUAAUGAAGCCCCCGAGGACGAGGACCGGGGUUCGGACGAUGACGGGCAUCACGCACCGACUCGUUUGGAGGAGGAAAUCACCCACACCGAACCCGAAUCGGUCGGAGAUGAGGAGAAUGUGGCGCCUGAGGAAGAGCCCAGGUUUCAGUUCGAAUCUACCGCAUCACAAUCUGCUGAUGACGCUGGGGGCCCUGCUGAAGGCACUGGGCAUUUUGAUGAGGCCCAUGCUGAGGAAUCUUCCGAUUUCGUGGAGCAUGGUGAAGGCGAGGGAUUAACCUGGAACGAAGAGCAAGGAUAUCAUGAUGAAAGCGGUACCGGCCACCCUGAGAUCACUCUUGAGGUGGCCGAUGAAUACGCGCACGGGGCGACCGAAGAGCAGCAAGGGAGCGAUCCCCUCAAAACAACAGAGGUUCCCGCUAGUAAUGAGGCGGCUAUGGCUGAUGAUGCCGGUGCCGAGCCAGAAACCGCUACUAACGGUAAUUAUCCUUCUUUCCUUACUUCAACGCCGCAAUUGCUCCUUCGCGAUUCGCAGAUCGCGAUUGGCGCGCAAACACCGAAGUCUAUGGGCAAGGACCAAGACGACGGAUCUUGGGAAAUCGAUUAUUCAGACGACGAAUUUGAGUCAGCACACAGAUCCAUGGGUGCCAAGGAGGAAAGGAAGCUGGUUGCUGGACUCUUUCUAGAGAGUUCCAUUUCCCAGAAGCACAGCUCAAUUUUCAAGUGGAUGGUGCCUGACGCCGUCGAAUCCCCACCCACGCGCGGAGCUUUCAAGCUAGGCAAUAGCGGCACUGAUGCUGACAAUGAUGCGUACAAAGAUGACGAACUCGUACUUGCGUUUGACGACGAACCAGCGUUGUCCACCAUCGGCGAGGACACGGGGGGGCACAACGACGACUUAACCACCAGCGCGGAAAACUUACCCGACGAUACCAACAGUUAUCGAAACCUAGAAGCCGCCGAAGUUGAUCAUGAAUCUACUAGUAAGCAUUCCGAGGCGGAUCCCGACGCGACCGCAGGUGCGGAAACCGCAUCCACCCGCACAAGUAUGACGAUGAAUGGAGAUGAGAUCGACUACGAGGAUGAGGAGAUUGCGGACGAUGCUCUCACAUCGGCGAAUGACGACGCCCAGCGAUCGGUUGGCGCUUCUAGCGUACAGCAUGACGAGAUUGAUUGGGAAAAUGAUGAAGACGAGGAUGGAGAGGAGCAAGUAACAAACGGAGACUCUGGUGUCGAAUAUGAUGAGCCGAAGGAGGCUGCCUCAGCUUCGCCGGGGCAUGGCGGCAAGCGAAGCAGAACUGACGAAGCGGAGAGUCUUGUCGACGAGACCGGUAUGUCUUCGUAUCCGCGCCUCAAAAGACCGCGGAUUAACUAA